GACGAGGGAGAGGUCGAGGCUGAGGCCGCUGUGGGGUCCGGAUCCCCAUCCCGGCCCCCAUCCGCCGGCCCCAGGCGGGACACUCGACUACGCGGUCCGGCCAAUCUUCGCCGCAGCCCUCGCGGAAGCAGCUUCACCUCGGGACCCUCAAGCAGAACGUAUUGCAGAGAGCCUGAUUGUGAGCGAUGCAUGCUAGAGAUUGAAUUUGGCCCUGGUUUUGAGGCCGUGUGCCCUCCAAAUUCAAGAUCAGGAGUCAAUCCUGUUGGUGGAUCCAUGAAAGAAAUGUAUGAAGAAAAGCUGCAGCCCAAAAAGAUCAGGAGUUGCCCUCAAGACGCCGGAAAGAUUGACCUCCAACAGGCUGCUUAUUUAAAAAAUCUGUCCUCCGAACACCACCCUGUUUUGAAACCAUCGGCAGCCUCCAUGAUGACUGAAAGUGUACAAGAGGUUGAUCAAGCUUUGAAGAUAGCUGAACAGAAUUUUGCGCAUUUAAGGGCUGCAGAACAGGAACUGGAUCACUUGGAAUGCAAAGAGAAAAGAGAAAAAGACUACCUAGUGGAGACUGUCCAGGAGACAUUAGAUCAGCACUUUAUUGAUCUUCAGUCAAGGAAAAAAAGCCUGCAAGAAGAAAUAAAAAAUAAGGAGGACUAUAUUGCAGAUGUCAUACUGGUUAAACGAUCUAUUGAAAAGAGAAGAAAAUAUUUGUAUGCAGCUAUGGGUAAAGCAAGGACAUUUGAAUGGGCACCUUCGCGAAGAUCAUGCUCUGAUAUGAAUCCG